CUAAACCCCUGCCCCUUUGAUUUUAAGUGGGCGGAGAUUCUGCAGGUAAAAAGAGGAGCGGGCUGCAGCAGCACCUGUGUAUCCAUCAGCAGGUCAGCACGGAGUCAAGUUCCUCAGAUUUCUCCCCGUUUCAGGUUGUGGGAUGCACCACAACAAGAAAGGGCGGUGCAAAGGCCAGGGUGGUGGUCAUGGGCACAAGCAUGGACAUGGACAUGGGCAUGGACACGAGCACGGACCAAAAACGGAGUGUGGAAAGGGUCGAAGGCGGAGGCACAAGUUAGGCCACAAGCAUCGCAAGUGUCACAAGAAGGGGAAGGACUGUCACGGGUCCUCCAGCAGCUCCUGCAGCAGCAGCAGCAGCAGCAGCAGCAGCAGCAGCAGCAGCAGCGACUCCGACUAAAAAGGGAGCAGCCCUCACUGUCAUCUCCCAGAACCUGACUUGUG